GUUUGAUCGGCGUGUCUUGUGCCUAUAUCCUCAUCAAUAAUAUCAGCUCGUUAUUUUCUAGUCAACAUGAGUGGCUUCAGAGGGGUCAUGAAAGAGGGCUGGCACCCUAAAGGCCGGGAAGGAAAGAAGGAAGGUUGGAGGAAUGAUUUCAAAGGCAUCAACCAAGUGGCAGGAUGGAUGGGUAAAGGAAAGGACAAAGAUGAGCGCGAAGAACAUGUCGCCGUACCGCUCUCCUCCCUGAAGGAUCCAGCCUCCUUUGGCCCGCCCCCCAAACACAUCAAAUACCACGGCGCCGCAGCGCUUCCCAACGAGCUCACGCCGGAUCGCAGAGGACUGGGGGCGCCCUUGUCGCAGGAUCAAAUCAGCCAACAAAACGUACGACAGCAGGAGGAGGAGCAGGCUCAGAACGAGGAGGCUCAGAAACCAGCGCCCCCUCCUCUACCAUAUCGAGUGAAUCGGACCGGACUAGAUACGGCCAACCUACCGCCGCCCCCAGUCAGACGCGUGGGAUCCCCUGCGGACUCGGUGACAUCUACAAGCUCCAAGCCGAAGCCUAGCGUUCCACCUCGACUCCCUUCUCGAGCCAGCUCGACGUUGUCAUCGCAGCCGCCUACUCCGCCUCCCGCCUAUUCCACACAACCUCAAACCACCAAACCUCUGGAGGGAUUACUGAACCAGAAUGCCACUUCUAAUCUUUCCCGGGCUGGUGUCUCGGUGCCUGCUCUCGGGAUCGGGAGCAACCGCAGCCCUCCAAGUGCUGAUUCACCGACGACUACGGCCCCAGUCGGUCAAGCUCCGGUAAACGAGCUGCAGUCCCGCUUCUCCCAGAUGAGGACAACAUCCUCCUCCCCAGCACCACCCCCGCCGGUACGGGGAAGUACCUACGGUAACGAGUCAUCGUCUCUUUCUACUACUCACACACGGAGUGGUUCUGGGUCGGUCCAAGACUUCCGCGAGCGUCAUAACGACAAAAUUGAGGCCGGCAAACAGAAGCUCAACGGGCUGAAUGAGAAAUACGGGAUAUCGCAGCGGGUCAACAAAUUCUUCGAUGACCAGAAGUCUCCAAAGUCUCAGGUACCCCCGGUGUCGUCUCCUCACCUUGUUGCGCAUCGUUCAUCAUCAAGCGUGGACUCGUUGGGCCAGAGAAAGGCUCCCCCACCACCGCCGCCUCCGAAGAAGGCGGAGAUGCGCUCGACGCCUGUUAACAGCGCGGGCUCAGCGCCGCCGCCUGUUCCAUUCAACACUAAGCCCCGCUGAGCGGAGGGUGACCCAAUCACGUUUAUAUGUAACAUUAGCGGGUUGUUACUGUGCGACGGUGUGCUAUGUUGCUGCAAGUAUAUUUAGCGAAUCAUGCUGUAUGCUGGAUAGCGGCGCUUGUCCUUAUAUUUAUCUGUACAUAGGUUACUCUAGAAAGCACAUCAACAACAG